AUGCGGCUCUGGUGCCGCUCGGCGCUCGCUUGGUCACGCCUUCGGGCGCGGGGGCGCGGGGCGGAGCCGGCCCGGAGGUUUUCCCGCCAGCGGCGCGCGCGGGCCGUUACCGCGUCCGCGCGCUCCCGUGAGGCGAUGAGGAGGAGCCUGGCCCCCAGCCAGCUGGCCAAGAGGAAGGCGGGCGAUGAAGAUGAGGAAGAGGAGGAGGAGGACUGGAAGCCCCCGACGGGCCGGAAGAGGCAGAAGGCGGCUGCUGAGGCAGAGAGUGCAGAGUGUUACCGGUCUCCUUUCCGCAAACCCUUGGCUCCGCUGACCAACAGACCCCAGUGCCUGGACAGCAGUCAGCACGAGGCUUUUAUCCGCAGUAUUUUGUCCAAACCCUUCAAAGUCCCCAUUCCAAAUUAUAAAGGGCCCCUGGGCUUGCGCUCACUGGGAGUCAAACGGGCAGGACUGAGGGGUCCUCUCCAUGACCCAUUUGAGGAGGGAGCUCUGGUUCUGUACGAGCCCCCCGUGCUGAGUGCCCAUGACCAGCUGAAAAUAGACAAGGACAAGGUACCUGUCCAUGUUGUGGUGGAUCCUGUCCUCAGCCGUGUUUUACGACCCCAUCAGAGAGAAGGGGUGAAAUUCCUCUGGGACUGUGUGACGAGCCGGCGGAUCCCUGGGAGCCAUGGCUGCAUCAUGGCAGAUGAAAUGGGGCUGGGCAAAACUCUGCAGUGCAUCACACUCAUGUGGACGCUUCUCCGGCAAAGCCCGGACUGCAAGCCUGAAAUCGAGAAAGCCGUGGUGGUGUCUCCCUCCAGCCUGGUGAGAAACUGGUACAAUGAAGUAGAGAAAUGGCUGGGGGGAAGGAUCCAGCCACUGGCCAUUGAUGGAGGCUCCAAAGAAGAGAUUGACCGUAAACUAGCUGGCUUUAUGAACCAGCAUGGCCGGCGAGUCCCUUCACCCAUCCUGAUUAUCUCCUAUGAGACCUUCCGACUGCACGCUGAGGUGCUGCAGAAGGGCACUGUUGGGCUGGUCAUAUGUGAUGAGGGCCAUAGACUGAAGAACUCUGAAAACCAAACUUACCAGGCUCUCAACAGCUUAAACACACCUCGACGAGUCCUUAUCUCAGGCACCCCUAUUCAGAAUGACCUGCUGGAGUAUUUCAGCCUGGUGCACUUUGUCAAUUCAGGCAUCCUGGGAACUGCACAGGAAUUUAAAAGACAUUUUGAAAUGCCCAUCUUGAAAGGAAGAGAUGCAGAUGCAAGUGAAGCUGAGCGACACAAGGGAGAAGAGAGGCUUAAAGAGCUAAUCAGUAUUGUGAACAGGUGUUUAAUUCGGAGAACUUCAGACAUCCUGUCCAAGUACCUGCCAGUGAAGAUUGAACAGGUGGUCUGCUGCAGACUGACACCUCUGCAGACUGAGCUGUACAAGAACUUCCUGAAGCAAGCCAAGCCAGUGGAGGAGCUGAAGGAGGGCAAAAUCAGUGUUUCAUCUCUCUCUUCCAUCACGUCCUUGAAGAAGCUUUGUAAUCAUCCUGCUCUUAUCUAUGAUAAGUGUGUAGAAGAGGAAGAAGGAUUUAUUGGAGCCCUGGGCUUGUUCCCUUCUGGCUACAGCACCAAAUCUGUGGAGCCCCAACUUUCAGGAAAGAUGCUGGUUUUGGAUUACAUCCUUGCUGUUACCAAAAGCACCAGUAAUGACAAGGUGGUUUUAGUGUCUAACUACACUCAGACACUGGAUCUAUUUGAAAAGCUCUGCCGGAGCAGAAGGUAUCUGUACGUGAGGCUGGACGGCACCAUGUCCAUUAAAAAGCGAGCGAAGAUCGUGGAGCGGUUCAACAGCCCCUCGAGCCCUGAGUUCAUCUUCAUGUUAAGCAGCAAAGCAGGUGGCUGUGGUUUGAACCUGAUCGGGGCCAACAGGCUGGUGAUGUUCGACCCUGACUGGAACCCAGCCAACGACGAGCAGGCCAUGGCUCGCGUGUGGAGGGACGGCCAGAAGAAGAUGUGCUUCAUCUACCGACUGCUCUCGACAGGGACCAUAGAGGAGAAGAUAUUCCAGCGCCAGACCCACAAGAAGGCCCUGAGCAGCUGCGUGGUGGAUGAAGAGCAGGAUGUAGAAAGGCAUUUCUCACUUGGGGAGCUGAAGGAGCUCUUCACACUGAAUGAGACCACCACCAGUGACACCCAUGACAAGAUCAAGUGUCGGCGCUGUGUGAACGGGCACCAGGUGCGGCCCCCUCCCGAUGGCUCCGACUGCACCUCGGACCUGUCGCAGUGGCAGCACUGCGCGGACAGGCGCGGCCUGCAGGACCCCGUGCUGAGGGCGGCUUGGGACGCUGCUGUCACCUUCACCUUCCAUCACCACUCCCAUGAGGAGCAGCGAGGGAUUCCCUGACAGGUUACUGUCCCCCAUGGGGGCAAGGGCAGGCUCUGUGGCAGCCUGCCCCACUCUGAUCCCUUUCAAGGAAAGGGGCAGUGGGCAGCUCUGCAUGCUGGACUGUUGUGUGGCUGUGGGAUACAGAACAGUGUGGCUGCAAAGGCCCUUGGCAGUGUUCAGUCUGCUGCAGCAAAGAGUCCAUGGCUUUUUAUUUGCUGUUGAAUUGUGUGCCUGAAAAACAGCCCCUUGGGAACUGGGAAUAAUGGGACCUUGCAUGCUUGAUCAGAUUUAGCACUGGUUCUCCUGCCUUUGGUGUUUGUGCCUUCUACUCAGCCAGAUUUUGUCUUCAGGUUUAAGUUGAGCCAGGAGUUUUAUAGCACUUGAUGUGCAGUCAGGUUUUUUUCUUUGACAGCUCUGGCUUACAGUUGCUGAUCAAAACUUGCAGGAUCCAUUUUUGCUGUGAAAUGUCAAACUUGCUGAUUACUUGGGAAGAGGAGGAUUUUGUACAGGGGGGAAAAAAUUUACCUCAUAUGUUGAACAUCUGGCCUGAAAAAGAUCAUGAAAGCAGUAGGAAAUCAGGCUCUAUUCCAGUAACUCCAUUUCUAAAACCACUUGCUUUGUUAUGGGCAGGAUCCCCUGAUCUAGCAGUGUUUUAAUGAGAUCACAUUACAUGACAGUAAUAAAAUUCACUUUGGUACAUUA